UUGCAGUUCCAAUCCAAAUGAUCAAAUCCAAUGGUGUGUGGUGGAUGAAUAAAUAGAAAAGAGGAUUCAAUCCCUAAAUUAUAAAAAAAAAUCGUGACUUUGGGAGUUGGGACUGAGUUGCAGAUAGCAUAGCAAUAAGGGAGAGAGAGAAAGAGGUGCUGUCUGGUAGUUUAAUGUAGCACGGGUCCAUUUUCUACUUAGGUGAAGAUAUUAAAUGCUCUUUCUGGGAGUUCUCUGAUGAGCUUUUGAGUUGGGCAAAUGGCAGCUGAUCAACGGAAAAAGAAGCGAGUAAAUGCUGCCAGUUUGUCUGGAUGCACUUCUCGUGAAAAAUAUAGGGUGAACAGGAAAAAACUGCAUGCACAACAGUAUGAUUUGAACAUGAGACCCAAGAUCUCUCUUGAGUGGGACAACAGGAAAAAAAGUGUAGUAUCCAGGAAGGAGCAGAUUGGUUUGUCAAAAAGGCACUUGAUUCCAUUUAUUGAACCUGGUCCUCGAGGGCACAACGUUUUGGCUGAUGUCAUGCCAAUUCCUUCGGAGAUCUUUGAUUUAGAUAACCUCUCUGAGGUUCUCUCUUAUGAGGUGUGGCAGAGCCAUUUAUCUGACAAGGAGAGAAGCUUUCUUUUACAAUUCCUACCUAAAGAAGUCGAGCCAGAUGCUAUUGUUCGAGAAUUGCUUUCUGGAGACAACUUCCAUUUUGGAAAUCCUUUUAUGAAAUGGAGUGCUUCUAUCUGUCUCGGGGAUCUUCAUCCAGAUAAUGUUCUUAGUGAGGAGCAGUCUCUCAAAGCUGCCAAGAAGACAUACUAUUCCUUUUUAGAGAACUAUCACACUGAUAUGAUUGAAAACUUACAAAUGUGGAAGGAUAAGUGGUCAGGUUGCAAGGAUCCGGAAGUGGAUUUUAUGCAGAACAUUUGGAGCUCUAGGAAGCAUGUUGAGAAAACUAUGCCCGCCUCAGAUGCUAGAUUCUGUGGUGCUGAGGAGAACCAUGCUGCUACGCCUGAUUCUUGCUCUUGGCCAAAUUCUGAGAUGGCUUAUAGUAGUGAAAACCAGAACCAGGGAACAGUGCAAGGAGAAUCAUAUAGGAGAAGAGACUUCUUGAAAAAGAUAUCUGAUAGUUCCUCCAGUGGGUUAAAAGUGGUGGGCGUGGCACAUAGGAAAGGAGAGAAGAUACACCAAUGGAAUAUCCAGCAAAAUGAUGGAGCCAAAUACAUGUCUUACAUCAAGGUCAGCAAGGAACAGCAUGAACUUGUUAAAAGUAGCAUCAAGUAUGCUGGCAAUAGCAUUCAGCCCAUGGCUUUAAAUAAUGUUUUAGGUAGCCUCGAUGCUCUAAAUGUGCAACCAUUUGCAAGAUUUGAGGAAGAAGAGCGUAAGAAGCUGCAUGAAUAUUGGGUUAAAUUGGUGACUAGAGAUAUCCCAGUUGGUUUUGCUGGCUGGAGAAAAAGACAAUUGCAGAGACAAGAACUAACACAGACCCUGGGUGAAGAAAUAGGGCAAAAGGUGGAACUUCAAGAGAAUAAUCUGGAUGAUGAGAAAGAUGUCUCUAGCAAUGAUGUGAUGGAGCUCUCGGAUGGUGAAGGGGAAGUUCCAGCUUCCGACACAGUUGAGGAGGUGGAAAAAGAGCAAAGUGUUGACUCACUCGAGGAACAGAAUGAUAAUGUAGAAUCUGUUAAUGAAAUGGAUACAGAAAUAGAGGAUCAAAAAGAAAGUAGAAAUGAUGGCAUAGUUGAGAAGCGUUCUAGUGAUAAUAUAGAAAUGAAUGAGGACGAUGAUGAACCCAACCAUGUCUUCCUUCAGGAUCACAGAGAGUCGCUUAAUAAUAGCCCUAGGAGCACAAGGAUAACUUCAUCCAGCCCUGGUUUUCUCCAGGAUCACCAUCAGCAGCAAAUCAGUUCACUCGAUAGUAAUCAACAUACCAAUUCGAAGGAGAUGGAAUCUAAUGGUGAUAGUGGAACUGCAAAAAUUGACCCGCAAAUUGUUUCUGGUUACUCGCGAGAUAUGAAUCAUGUGGAGGUUUCACUUAGCCAAGGGGCAUCUCUUGCAUCCUCUAGUGAUAUUUGGCCAGUUAGUGAUGUUCAUGGCUCUUACUACCAAUCUACUGCGUUAAAUCCUGGAUAUGCAUCCACUCAUGAGUUACCGAUCGGGCAUCCGCAACUUAUCCAGCAGGGGCAAGUAGUGCAAAUGCUUAAUGUUCAAACAAACCGGUCAGACAAAGAUACUAGGAAGGACAUGUUGCAUAGGCCAACUGACGAUAUGUCGUUCUUCAAUCCAUAUGCUAACCAAGACCGAAGUGAAUUGCUUCAUUCUCUGCUGAAGGCGCAGAGUACUUUUCCAUACCAUCAUCAAGCACAAAAACAUUCUGGACUAGAUUUUCAGCCUGGAAGUGAUCUCGUGAUGGAGACCGCUCAUUUUCCUGGACAUUUUAGGGAGCAUGUUCAUCCACCGGUUCCUCCAACAGAUAUGAGGCAAAAGAGACUGAAUGAUCCAUAUGUGCAUCAGAACAUUCAGGAGAAUAUUUAUCCUGGAAACCGGUUUACUAGUGUUCCUAGACAGGAGACGUUGGCAGUUAAUGCUCAUGAUUGGGCGACUGUCAAUAGUGUACGCAUGCCAGUUGCUCAUCAUCUGAACAGCGGAGAGUUGGGUCAGAGCUGGUAUACAGGCGAGAAUGGAAAUAGGGACGGAUGGCAUGCGCUUGAGCCUGUUAACGGGUUUAAUAAUGGAAGUAGCUCCGAUCAAACACUUUUCAGCGUCCUAUCCGAAUGCAAUGGGCUACCACGAGCCAGUUACGAUGCUGCUACAGCAGCAGGGUCCACAGAACGAUUGAUACAGGCAGGAACGUACAACGGUAUAGGAGGUAUACAUGCAUCGAGCAGCAGCAGCAGCAGCAGCAGCAGCAGUUUCUUACCAGUGUCUACGAAUCCACUGAACUACUUGAGUGGGCACGAAGGGUCAGGCGGUAUAAAGAUGAACAACCUGGGAUGGAUGGGAUUGCCGACGACACAGCAGAGUUCAGGAAUGCAGGAGUCGAUCGGGAAACCAUUCCUGAGGUCGUGGACUCAUGUAAUGUAUUGUGGUUUUGGGGUUGGUGAAGGCGCCAAAUCUCAUGUGCUAUUUAUAAUAAGAUUCAAAGUGUUGUGA